AUGGCUACGUCACAACUUGCUGUCUGGAAAGACGAGAACAGAGUGACAUUCAAGCUUUUGGUAGGCAAGCACCUCUUCCCAGUCGAUGAUACUGCACAAUGGCCGGUCGAGGAUGUUCUUGCCAGGCAACUAGGGGUCUACGACCUCGACAAGGCCCCUCAACAUAUGUGCACGGAAGCUCCAAACGUGGUCAACGGGGAUGGUGUGUAUCUCUCUGCUCUCUCCGAGCACACAUCGCGUUACAUCGUCGGCGGUCCCGUGUGA